AACAGGUGGAUGAAGUAGUUUCUUAAAACUCUUCAGGUGAACUAUAAAGUUCUUUGUUUUGUCCUUUACGUAUUAAUAUUUAUGAAUGCGUUUGUCCUUGCAGUUUAAAAGUGACAUUGAAGAAAAUUCCGUUUCAGUUACAAUUUCUGCUUCAAGAGGAGAACCAUUUAAAGGAUUUCUUCUGGAGGCUCGAUUGAAAGCUAACUCAUCACAUAUCGUUAAUGGAAGGUUUACUGCGGACGAGAACAGUCUUCUUAUAAACUGCAAUUCAUCAAAAAAGAAUUCCUUGACUCAUGGAAAUGUGAAAGAUAAAAAAGAAUUUAUAACAAAGUGGAUACCUCCUGCUAACUUCAAAGGGAAAGUAAUAUUUAGGGGCACAGUAUUGAAAGAUUUUAAGACCUUUUGGGUAAAUAUUGAUACAUCACCACUUUGGGUUGUUGGUCCAUCUCUUCAGCCAGAAAGAAAGCCUGAACUCUCUGUGGACUUGUAUAGUGACUGUGAGGCUAAGAGAAAAAGCUGUUUUGGAAUGCCUGCACUAUGUGUCAAAAACAAGAACUGUUAUGUAAUCUUAACUUGUGUUUACAAGAAUGGUGAGGUAGAGUUUAAGAUGACUGGUACUCUAGGGCUGUUUGAUAAGUACAUUGCUGUUGGAAUCUCGGAAGAUGUUAAAAUGCAGGGUGAAGACAGCAUAACUGAAUGUAUGUUGGUAAAUAGAAGAGUUGUUGUUCGACAGAGUUGGAACAUUAAUUCAACUUAUAAAAAUGAAGUUUUGGAUAAUGAACUUGGUAUCUAUGAUCAGUCAGGAGAGUAUGUGGAUGGUGUGAUAACCUGCCACUGGAAACAGAAAGUUAUUGCAACCAGGAAAAACACUGUUCAGAGCAUAAUAGGUAAAAAGUACCAUCUUCUUCUCGUCAAAGGACCUGCGAGUGUAGAAGGUGUUAAGAGGAAACAUAAUGAAAGAGCUGUCUCAGAUAAACCAGUAAACCUGAUGUUGAUAUCAACAGUGGAAGGUGACAAGGUGCCACUAUUCAUUAAACUGCAUGGGAGUUUUAUGGUAACAGCUUGGAUUGGAUUUGUAGGUCUUGCUAUGAUAAUAGCAAGACAUUAUAAGCAAGUGUGGCAAAAUAACACACUUUGCACAAUGAACAUUUGGUUUGCUGUCCACCAGUUUUUGAUGUUGUUGAGCUUGUCCCUGAUAAUUGCAGCGUUUGUGCUUAUUUUCCUUCAUGUGGAAGGAUGGAGUCAAGUUGAUCCAAACCCCCAUCCUAUUACAGGCUGUGUAGCUACAGGACUAGCACUACUUCAACCAAUAAUGGCUCUAUUUCUUCCAAAACCUGAUGCCAAGAACAGGUCCAUCUUCAAUUGGCUUCACUGGUUUGUGGGAAAUACUUCAAAAAUUUUAGCAGUUUUGACAAUAUUCUUGGCGGUGUCGCUCGAAGCAGCUAACCUUCCUUAUGCCUACUAUUGGAUCUUGGUGGGUUACAUCACAUUUUAUUUCCUUUUCCAACUGCUCAUGCAUAUCCAUGCAUGCAUCGUGGAUAGAAAGAAAGGAACUGAGAAAGGUAAACAAGAAUUAAAUGGAGAAGAACAAGAUAGCCCAAAAGAUGCUCCAGGAAGCAACUUUCGUCGUUUCAUGCUAGGGAUCUACAUUGUUAUUGUGGCAGGGCUGGUUGCAGCCUUGGUGUUACUCAUCUGGUUGUAAAGGUGUACAUCUUGUUAAAUAAAAUGUUUAAUUUCUUAAAACAAUCCAGUUCCUGAAACAUUACGAAAAAACACGUAUAGUAUAGUAUAGAUAUAGUUUGUUGUUGGACGGUUGAAGUGAAUAAAUAAUCAUUAUGUGAAUGUUGUAUACAGUUCCACUGGUAUAUGAUUGAUAACGAAAACAAGGGCAAAUGCUUCAAAUGUAAGCAUGUAGGGCGAUAAUAUACAACGUUUCAAUAUGCACAAUAAGUUAAAGCAGAAAUAUAUAUACGCUAAAAAACUACAUGUUUCAAUACAACACGCUCCACCAUCUUCAGAA